AAAGAACAUUUAAAACGUGUUGAUCCAAACAGUUUCAUAGUGAGAAUGUUCUUAUUACAACCAAGAAGUAAAGGUUAUUUGCGGCUAUCGAGCAAAUCACCGUUUAGUUCUCCUUUCAUAGAUCCACGAUAUCUUUCUCACCCAGAGGACAUUGAAGACUUUGUUAGAGGCAUUCGAUUUAUGCGUUUGUUAGAACAAACGGAAUCAUGGAAAUCUAUUGGGGCCACCUUGGUGAGGCAAGAUGUACCUGGACAUUGUAGUGAACAAAUCUUUGAUUCGGAUAAUUACUGGAGGUGUAUUGGACGACAUUUUCUAACGACGGCAUCUCACUUUAUAGGAACAUGUAGAAUGGGGUCAGCUAAUGACCCUUCGGCUGUAGUAGAUUCAAGAUUAAGGGUUAUUGGUAUCAAGAACCUCCGAGUGGCUGAUGCAUCCGUUAUGAGAUAUAUCCCUUCCGGUCAUACAAACGCACCAGCCAUGAUGAUUGGGGAGAAAGCUGCAGACAUGAUCAGAUGUGAUAGAACUCACAACUACAACAUCUUAACCAGUAUUGUUUAGUUGAAAUCAUUUGGUGACUUG